GGGGCGGGCGCGGGGCGGCGCGGCGGAGCGGCGGUGCGCGGCGGUGCUCGGCGGUGCGCGCCCCUGCCCGCUGCCGCGGCGCUGCCAGGGCGGGGGUGACUCACUGCCGUGCAUGGCGGCCCCGAGCUUUAUAACGGCUGGGGCGGCCGCGGCGCCCCGCUCCGCUCCGCUGCGCCGCGCCCGCGGGGAGCGCCGCGCCCGCGCCACGGCACCAUGCGCAGCUUGCGCGCCGCUCCGCCGCCCCUGCCGCCCCUGCCGCCCCUGCCGCCGCUGCCGCUGCUGGUGCUGGCGGUGCUGGCGGUGCUGGUGGCCGCGGGGCACGGCGCCGUCAUCACCGGGGCCUGCGACAGGGACCAGCAGUGCGGAGGGAGGAUGUGCUGCGCCGUCAGCCUGUGGAUCCGGAGCCUGCGGAUGUGCACGCCGAUGGGGAACCUGGGAGAGGAGUGCCACCCCCUGAGCCACCGCGUCCCGUUCCCCGGGCGCAGGAUGCACCACACCUGCCCGUGCCUGCCCGGCCUGGCCUGCGUGCGGAGCUCGCCGAGCAAAUUCAAAUGUUUACCAGACUUCAGGAAAGAAGACGCCUUUUUUUAGCGGGAGCUGUCCUUGGCCGGGAAGAGCCGCUUGGCGUAUUCUUUUUCUCGUUAUUGUGACGGAAAAGGUCCUCACCGGGGGAAGUGCUGUAGUAUCCUUUCCUGCCUCGCCAACAUUACAACCGUACGUGAGAUACUGCGCUGCGACGGCCGAGAUUUUCGGGAGCGACUAGUGAUGAUGGAUGCUUUCAUUUCGGGGUGGCCAAAAUGAGAUUUGCUGAAGCGGUGGCAUUUUCGGAGGGCAGAAGCUGAGUAGUUUCUGACGGGUCUCAUUCUCUUCACGGUUCCAACUUAACCCAGCAUGAAAACAUCCAAGAUUCUUGUCAAUUUUAGAAAAUUGUGGCCACAGUUUUACACUUUGGAAUGCCUAAAUCAAACUGCGAUUUGAAUAAUUACAUAAUGCAAAGCAUAGGAUGAUUGCCAAAAAACCCUGUAUUUACAUUGCAUUUCAAAUCUUUAUUAAUAUAACUGUACUUGUAAGUUAGGCACAUCUCUACAGUAAACAUUUAACCAAUAGAUGUAGUUUUUGCACUUUCAAAAAGUGACAGAUGGAACCAAAGCAUUUCAAUAUUCAAAGCAUUAAAAGAUUUUGUUAUUUUAGUAUUCUAUGAGAAAAAGUUGCUGUUACUUGAUUUGGUGUAAAACUAGCUGAUCAUCUCAAACCAUGUAUUAAAAUGUAGUUUAUAUAUUAAAAAAGGAACUCUGAGGUUUAUUGUAAUGGGCUGCCCGACUUCUUGUACAUGUAUCAAAUUUGCUGUGUAAAAAUUCUGUAUCAGAAUAAUGGCAGUAUAUGAUUUGAUUUAUUUUAAUAUUAUAACAUUAUUUUGUCA